GUGGCAGUCUGCUGGCUGCAGGGUGAAAGGAGCUUCCAUCAAACACCAGCAGCGAAGGACACGGGCUGCUUUUCACUCCAUGUUGCCUGCAGUCCAAACACACUGGCUCAGACAUGGCUCACAGAUGUGCUGAUUUCAGAAUCACUUGUGCCAAAGUGUUACGGUUAAUUCGGAGCCUGACUCGUAAGAAGCCUCUGGUGCCAGAGGGUGAGGAGUCUAAAUUCUGUCGAUGCCUGACCACCUUGGACCUGGUGGGUCUGGGUGUUGGCAGCACACUCGGAGCCAGUGUGUACGUGCUGUCAGGAGAGGUGGCCAGGGAAGUGGCCGGCCCCAGCAUUAUCAUCUCCUUCUUGGUUGCGGCAGUGGCUUCAGUAUUUGCAGGGUUGUGUUAUGCUGAGUUUGGAGCCCGGGUCCCCAAGACAGGCUCAGCUUACCUUUAUAGUUAUGUGACUGUAGGAGAGGUGUGGGCAUUUGUGAGUGGCUGGAACCUGCUGUUAUCCUACGUUAUCAGAACAUCUAGUGUUGCGAAAGCCUGGACCGGGGCCUUUGAUGACCUUAUCCAUAACGUUAUUGCUGAAACUCUAAGAGAACAUACACCAAUGGAUUCACCUGGCUUGGCUCCAUACCCAGACUUCUUUGCUGCUGGGCUGAUAAUGCUCCUCACUGGUAUACUUGCUUAUGGUGUGAAAGAGUCCAUGAUCGUGAACACAGGUUUUACUGCAGUGAAUGUAACUGUAUUGGCUUUUAUUAUCAUCUCUGGCUUUAUAAAAGGAGACAUCAACAACUGGCGCAUCAGUGAGGAGACUAUCCUGAAUGCAACUCGAGACAUGGAGAACCUUACAUUGUCACAAAAAAAAGCUGUUGAUUUUGGCGUUGGGGGCUUCUUUCCCUUUGGCUUGGAGAGCACAUUUGCAGGAGCAGCAACUUGUUUCUACGCUUUUGUCGGAUUUGACAGCAUUGCCACAACAGGGGAGGAGGUGCAGAACCCACAGAAGGCUAUACCUCUUGGGAUCAUGGCGUCCCUGCUCAUCUGCUUCUUGGCCUACUUUGGCGUGUCAGCUGCUCUGACACUUAUGAUGCCCUACUAUCUGCUCGACAGCCACAGCCCUCUACCUGUGGCCUUUGAAUAUGUUGGCUGGGAGCCCGCAAAGUAUGUUGUGGCUGUAGGAUCCCUCUGUGCACUCUCAACAAGUCUCCUGGGAAUGAUGUUUCCAAUGCCAAGAGUGCUCUUUGCAAUGGCAAGAGACGGCCUGUUUUUCAAGCCUCUUCGUUACAUGAGCCCCAGGCAAAGUCCUGUCUUUGCCACACUGUCUUCAGGAGCUGUGGCAGCUUUCAUUGUCCUGAUAUUUGACUUAAAGGGACUGGUUGACAUGAGUUCAAUUGGGACCAUCUUUGCCUACUGUCUUGUUGCCGUGUGUGUUCUCAUACUGAGGUAUAAAUUUGGGCACAAAACAAAAUUCCAAUUAUUAGUUUUUCCUGACAGCUCUGAUUUCUCCCCAGUGUUCCUGGUGAUCGUUUUAAGCGUGCUGUUGUCCGAGGCUCUGCAUUCCCUCCGCAGACGAGAGCUUUGGAGCGUGCUGCUUGUCUGUGUCCUCGUGCUGACACUGGUCUUCGCUGUUGUUAUCAUCUGGAGACAGCCACAGAGCACAACUAAAGCUGCUUUCAUGGUUCCUUGUCUACCUGUGAUUCCAGUUUUAAGUGUCUUCAUCAAUACCUAUCUGAUGGUUCAGCUGGGAGGAGAGACUUGGAUCAGCUAUGCUGUCUGGAUGGCAGUAGGCCUGAUUAUCUACUUUUGCUAUGGGGUUCGUCAUAGUGUCCAAAAACAAAGGCUCCAGGAGGCUCGCACCCACUUAAAUAUUGUUCCCAUGAACUUUGAUGUUGCUGCUUGAUGUGUUUUAUAAAACUGUGACAUCUUUUUGUCCACGUAUAACAACUGCUUUGUUAACUGUAUGCUAAUAGUAUUAUGUCUUGUACCUUUAAUAUUUUUAUGUCUUGUACCUGUAUCACAAGUCUUGUCAUAUUAUUCAUUAUGGCUUAUCAGUCAUUCAAGACUUUGCAAUCUUGGAUAUUGUUUUUUAAUAUCUGUAUUUGACUGUG